CCGGAGAAGCCUCCCAUCGCUGUAGAGUACAUCAAGAACAGUUUGGGAUCGCCGACGACGGCCGAGUACAUGCAGCUUAAAGCCGAGAAGGACAACAUUUUGUCAAAGUUCAACGAUCUACAGCGCGAGCACGCUGAAACUUUACGACAGCUCGAAGAACUGAAACGGUCGAUGUCGAUGAAGCAUUUGCCGCCGACAACAUGGUCGAACAAGGAGGCAGCUGACUGAUGAGUUGCUCACGGACUUCGCCCAGAAGAGAUGGAAAUGGCGACAGGAUGAGAAUUGCAGCGAAGCGUUCGUCUCGAUUGGCUAUUUUUGAUUCUUGGUCGACAAAAUGGGGACGCGAACAAACUUCUACAAGAUUCCUGCUUACGCUUAUGGCGGACAGUAUAAACUGUCCUCGAUACUCGACAAUUUGCAGACGUACAUGAAACUGACAGGGGCACGCUUGGAGCGUCGCGAUGGUGACCUGCAGCAGGCGGACAGUCCGGUCGCUCCCGGCCAAAUAGGACCCUCAAAAGAGUCCGAGGGGUCGGCGAGCAAACCUGGGGGUGGUAAAGGACCCCCACAGUUCAACCCGUAUGAUCCAGGGUCAGAUCAACUGAGAGGCUUCAGGGGUCGGAAGGGACCGGCGCCGAAAGGGUCUCUUCAAAAGUUACGGGAUAGGUAUUUGCACAGAGCGAGGGUGCAAAAACGAAAGAGGCAGUCUUCCGUGCAGCCAUCGGCGGACUGUGAAAAUGCGCAGGGGUCGUCGUAUCGCCCGUCGAAAGCUCUUGCGACGUCUGUGUUGGGGUUUUGCCCAUACGAGGAGGACAGCGACGCCCAGAAAAAGGUUGAUGUCAGCAAUCGGGGACUGAAGCGAGGGGAGGAGCUUCCAGAUGGAGCGAGGGCAAAGGACGACCGAACAUCACUUUUCGCUCAGACAACUGUGUGCGCUCGGGACGGAAGCCGCCUUUCGGGUGAAGAUGCCUCUACCGAAGGUCCAAGGAGCCCAACAGAAACCCAUGUAAAUCUUCUCAACCUACCUUAUCUAGAUGACGAUGACGAGGAUGGCGACGAUGACGACCAUGACAAGGAUGACAAGGAUGACAAGGGUGACGAGGGUGACGAGGGUGAUGACGAUGACGAGGAUGACGACGGUGGCAAAGAUGACGAGGGCAGCAAGGAUGCAGAGGUCAAAGCCGGGGACGAUCGGAAAGUUGACUAUCAGAGAAAUAAUAAUGUGCAUCACCGUUGCGUGAGUCAGCAUAGCGCUUGUCGGCUGGAAACUGAGGGCGUCGGCACGAAAAAGAGGAUGGGGGAAAAUGCGGCGGGAGUUGCGAAAAGUGGGGGUAAAAGAUCCCAAUUGUGUUCUUCCGCAAAAAGCGGUGAGGAUUCCAGGUCGGCGGAGCAGAACGAAAUCCACGAAGUGCGGAAGGGUGGUGAUCUGCAGGGAGAUGCUGAAUGCGACCCGCUGGGUGAGGAUAAGAACAAUGCCGUGAGGGGUGCGGAGGAUGUCGUCCAGCUUCGGAAAGACCAACGGUUUCCGGCCCCAGGGGAGCCCGUCUGCGCAAAUUGUGGUCGAUUCGGCGCAUACGUUUGUGAUCGGACGGAUGACGAUGUGUGCAGCGUCGAGUGCAAGAACGAGCUCCUCAAAGAGCUUGCAGCCAGACAGGAGGCAGAAGCUGCUGCGGAGGGAUCGAUGACAUCGUCGUUUGUGGCGCCCACCGCACCGCGAGGAGCGCUCCGGUUACCGGACACCGAGCCUGAACGCUGGGACUACCGACGACAUAAAUGGAUUAAUCGGGGAAGCAGCUUAGUCACACAGCGUUGCUGGAAAUGCAAAAGAGUAGGGCAUUUCGCAGAAGAUUGCGUGUUGACGCUCGGCCUAGCGGCGCCGUCCCCGGCGGAUCCCAACAGAUACAAGCUUGCGCUGCCCGGGCACGAGGAGAACGGAGAUCGCGCGUUUACGCCGUACACGCCGGAGAUGCGAGCACUUUACAAAAGGUGCAAGGGAAUCGGGGCCGACUCGUGCAAUGCGAAAUGCGGCCAAUGCGGCAACCGAAGCAAUCUCGCGUUCUGUUUGGAUUGCAGCGGGAUAUUUUGUGACGGUUCGGGGCAUCUGACUGCGCACCUGCGGAGCAACCCCGCGCAUGUCAGGAUAUAUUCCUACAAGCUGAAGCGCGAGGUCAAGUGUUCAAAACCGGACUGCCCGGUCGACAAUAUCUACGAGCUGUACUCGUGCAACGACUGCCUCGAUCAGGUCUUCGAUCGGUACUACAACAUGUUCAAUGCUUCGUGGAAUCACGUAGGACUGAAGUAUGUUCCCAACGCUUUCGCAUGCGAGGAUCACUUCGACUGGCACAGAGUGAAUUGUACAAAUACAGCUUCAGAUGAACACUGCCAUUUGGUGACUAAAAAUGGCGGCAAACUCGAGGAACCGCAACUGAGCGAGUUUUUGUUUUGAACUUUUGAAUCUUUUGAUGGAAAAAAGAUUUGGUUGGUCGGCGUUUCCUUUCCUCAUCCGAUGUGAUAUUGCUGUUGGGAAGCCUUUGUCUAGUGAUGGAAAAAAAGAAGGAACGAAAAAAAAAAGAACCUUGUGAAAAAAAAAAAAAAGAAUAUGCACAACCAUCAUGAAUAUGGCUAUUCUUUAUUGGAUUCCGGGCUCGAUUUGGUUCAGUAUAAAGGCCGAAGGCUUUCUGUUUUUAUAUAUUUGGGUUCGUGCAGCAUUUCCACGAUAUCGUUAUGAUCAAUUCCCAAUGAAAUGAAAGCUGGUGUCAAUA